GCAAACAACAACCCCUAAUUUGCGUAACCAGGAAGUGUACAUGUGUCAUAUGAUCGGAGAAAAAAAAAUGGCUGCGGUGCAGUGGCGUUCCCGCAUGCGCAACUAUGAGGCGGAGCUGCAGAGAUGUGGACCUGAGGCUGCUCUGGUUGAGUUUGGAGACUACCAUCCCCUCAAACCAAUCAUGGUAACAGACACUAAAACCCGCCGUGGGGCUCGUAAAGGCAGCACCUCCUCUUCCUCUUCCUCCUCCUCUUCUGCACCUGCGGAUCCCCUCAGCUCCAUGCUGGAUGGGACCGACCCCCUGUCCAUGUUUGCUGCAGCUUCAGCCAGUGAGGCCCCCGUCAUGUCACACAGUGCUUCCAUGGGGGACAUUGGGAGGAAGAGGAAGGAGAAGGAUAAGGAUGAAGAGGUGGUUGGACUGGAUUUUGAGCCUUGGUCAGCAAAACGAGGAGAGAUUUUGGCCAGGUUCACCACCACAGAAAAACUCUCAAUUAAUCUCUGCAUGGGUUCUGACAGAGGGAAAGCACCAAGUCCAGGGUCAUCAGCUGUUUCAGAGAAAGUUCGAACUCGCCUGGAGGAGCUGGAUGAUCUCGAAGAAGGUUCCCAGAGAGAGCUGUUGAACCUCUCCCAGCAGGAUUACGCCAAUCGCAUUGAGGAGCUGAACCAGUCCCUGAAGGAGGCCUGGGCCUCAGACCAGAAAGUCAAAGCUCUGAAGAUUGUCAUCCAGUGCUCCAAGCUUCUGUCAGACACUUCAGUGAUCCAGUUUUACCCCAGCAAGUUUGUGCUCAUUACUGAUAUCCUUGACACUUUUGGCCGGCUGGUGUAUGAUAGAAUCUGGACUAUGUGUUCAGACCCAAGACCGCUACCAGAUUCAUUCACCGUGGACGAUGUAAACGAUACGGCCAAGGAAACCUGCCUAAACUGGUUCUUCAAAAUAGCCUCGAUCCGUGAACUUCUGCCUAGACUAUACGUGGAGGCGGCCAUUCUCAAGUGCAACCGUUUUCUAAACAAAUCUGGUAUCCAGGAGACUCUACCUCGGCUGACAUCCAUGAUCAGAGGGAUAGGAGACCCUCUAGUGGCAGCAUACACUAGAGCUUACCUCUGCAGGGUUGGCAUGGAAGUCGCCCCUCAGCUCAAAGACAGCCUGAACCGUAACUUCUUUGACCUGCUGGGGACCUUCAGACAGAUUAGUGGGGAGAGUGUGCAGAACCAGCUGGUCCAGCAGAGGGUGGAGGUGCCGGAGUACUUGACGCUAUAUUCACCUGCCAUCAACUGGAUCCUGCAGUGUAUCGCAUACAGAGCUCCAGAGGCUCUGCUGACAGAGAUGAUGGAGCGCUGCAAGAAGCUGGGUAACAAUGCCUUGCUGUUGAAUUCCGUUAUGAGAGCGUUCAGGCCGGAGUUUGUUGCAGCCAGAGCCACCGACUUCAUCAGUAUGAUCAAAGACUGUGAUGAAGCUGGAUUCCCAAAGCAUCUGUUGUUCGGGUCUCUUGGUCGUAGUCUAGCUUGUGCUGACCCUCCAGAAUCCGAGAGACUGACAAUCCUGAAUGAAGCCUGGAAGGUGGUCACUAAAGUCCGCAGUCCUCAGGAUUACAUCAACUGUGCUGAGAUCUGGGUGGAGUUCACAUGCCGACACUUUACAAAACGUGAAGUCAACACCGUUUUAGCAGACGUCAUCAAACACAUGACACCUGACCGGGCGUUUGAAGACGCUUACCCCCAGCUGCAGUCAGUGAUCAGGAAGAUCCUCACUUACUUCCACGACUUCUCCGUCCUCUUCUCCAUGGAGCGCUUCCUGCCAUUUUUAGACAUGUUCCAGAAGGACAGUGUGAGGGUGGAGGUCUGCAGAUCAAUCAUGGAGGUCUUCAUCAAGCACCAGGUGGAGCCCACCAGAGACCCCGUCAUCCUUAAUGCCAUGUUUCACAUCUGCAAGACCAUGCACGACUCUGUCAACGCUCUGACUCUUGAGGAUGAGAAAAGAUCCUUAGCCCUGCUAAUCAUCGGCUUCAUCCGCAUGGUUUCUUUUGGUCGGGACUUUGAGCAGCAGCUGAGCUUCUGUGUGGAGGCCAGAGCCACCUUCUGUAACCUGGAGUCAGUGCUUGUGCAGCUCAUCCAUACGGUGAACCAGCUGGCGAUGGAGACCAACCGGGUAAUGAAAGGAAGUCAUUCUAGAAAAACUGCAGCCUUUGUCAGGGCAUGUGCUGCCUACAGCUUCAUCACCAUCCCGUCUCUCAGCAGCAUCUUCAGUCGACUCAGUCUCUACCUGCUGUCCGGGCAGGUCGCACUUGCCAACCAAUGUCUCUCCCAGGCGGAUGCAUUCCUAAAAGCAGCAGUCAGUAUUCUCCCCGAGGUUCCUCGCUCCAUCAGUGUUGAGGGAAAACUUCGCUCUUCUGAGAGCUUCCUGCUUGACUUUAUCAACAACUUCCUGGCUACUUUGUUGGUUGUCCCGGAUCAUCCCGAGCAUGGCGUGCUGUACCUGGUCCGUGGUCUACUCAACAUGGUACAGGAUUACACCUGGGAGGACAGCAGUGACGCCAAGGUGCGGGUCUAUGUCAGCGCUCUGCCUCUGCUGGCCGCCAUGAGCCAGGAAACUUACCUCUACUCCAUCCCUAAAGUUGACUCCAACGAGACACUUUAUGGAGGUGAUCCCAAGUUUUUAUCAGAGAUCAACAAGCUGUGUGAGACUCUGAUCGGACAGAUUCUGGACCACCUGAAGGCCCUCGGACGGGACGAGCAGAGCAUACGGCGUCAAGGCGCUCUGGCCUUCUCUCUGUUUGGAGUCCUGCUGGCUCACGGUGAUCUGAGGAACAACAAGCUGAGCCAGCUGUCCGUCAACCUGUGGAACCUCAGCCACAAACACGGAUACUGUGAGACACGGGUCUCGGUUCGGACUCUGGAGUACAUCAAACACCAGGCCCAGCAGCCUGACAUGGCUCACCUGACAGAUACAGUCCAGAGGCUGGCACUACAGUCCCGUACCUGAGAAUACAUCUCAGCAUUUGUUCAAUGUUCAUGCCUAAAGUUUGUACAAAUGACAGCUACGAGAGGUACAGAGAUGAGAAGAAAAUGCCUUAAUGUAUUCUCUGAGUGGACAUCUGAAGAGGUGUGAGUUUAUGAAAAGGAUCUAGCACUUAAACCUGAAACAAUCUUAGUUUUUGUCCAUAGCUCCUGUUCAGUGUUAAAAUUUGAUUGACGUAUUUAAUGAAAUAAGCUACAGAGCCUCUAAAUGUUCGAUCCUAUGACACGGACACUGCAUAGAAACAAGUCAUACAUUGUUGUAUCUGCUCCACCCAUUAGUGAAAUAAUUCCAGAUGCAGCAGUAAAGGAACAGAUAUUUAGCAAGUGAACUAUAUAGUUGUUUUUUUUUUUUUAUCACAUCUGCUCUCUCCACUGCACUGUAAAU